CAAAAAAUCAGAAUCUCAUCGCCUUUAUAUACCUUUGGCCCGAUUAUUAAUCAAGACUUUCGCCUCUUUGUAUGUCGGACAAUAACCCCUGUUUUACGCGGUGUCGGAAAACAGAUUACCUGCUAUGAAUGCUUAUGGACAGCUUUUUGCAUAUGUGGCCAUUUAGUCUUCAACAAACUUGCUACUCGACAGCUGCCAUUUGUCUUUUGCUUGCAACUGCAUGUACAUAUCCUGACAUGUCUCUCUCUGGGCGGUGGUUAGUUUGGUGCUGGUGUCGUAUGCGUACCACUCCAGAUUUUGACACUAGUGAGCCGAACUUUGCAGACAAGAGUUCUUGGACGUUUUCCCAACGAUUAGAAUGCGCAGCAAUGGCUUUUGAGUUGAGCUCAAUGAAUUCAGCUAACUUUGGUUAGGUGAUGCUCUCAAGUCGAGAGAGGCUGGUAAAGCAUGAA